UUCUUUCAUAAAGAGAAAGCAUACAACUAGGCAUCAAUAGAUCGAAGAAUGCAUGCAAUAUAGACAAUGCAGUUGGACAUAAGUAUGAUGUGGCAUGCAGGUAAUCCAUUCUAGUCAUGGGCUUGAGCUGCUUUCGUCCCCGGAUUGAACUGUCAUGGCUGCCGCGCGCUGUUGACUGAUUCUGGUUGGACAGGAGGCGGAAAAGCGCUGGCUCUGUGCAUCUGAAAUGAAUGGGGUCAAAGCCAACCCUGGUGCUCAGGUUGGGAAGGAAGAGAGGGGUAUUUGGCAUAAACGCCUCCGUCUCAGGAAGACCUCCUUUUCAUUCCCUGCUGAACGAAACACUGUGAAACAGGAGAGGAAUGUCACGGCACGUGGAUGGAUCGUAAAAGAGAAGUCCAAGAAGCGACCUCAAAGCCUUCAGGCGAUAAACACAUUCACCUGCUCCUCAUGCAAUGAUGGCGUCUCUUUCAGACCUGGCGAAUUAACAAGGCAUUAUAAGAUCGCCCAUGGAGGCGAAGGAAGCCCACCGAUGUUUCCAUGCAACAUGUGUAAUUUCUCCUCGCCAGUGUUCACUACGCUUCAGCAGCACCGAAUGCAACAUGAGGAUUGUUUGUUCGUUUGUGAGAUUUGUGAUGACGACGUCCAGCGAACGCUUCCCCAACUGACCAAACAUUGUCAAACUCACCAUGCUCUAAACGGUCAAUACUACUGUCCGAAGUGCAAACUCUCCAUCCAGGAGAUCAAGCAGUUUGUGUGUCACUCGUGUUGCAUUACCAAUGGCAAUGCACAGAAAAACAAUCUCUUAAAGCACAUGGCUGCUGCAUGCCGUCAAAGGUGGAGCCGCAGGAAUUGGUGGAGAAAGCGGGCACACGUCAAGCAAGACAAUAACAUGUCCCAAGAGUUAAAGUUCUUACUUCCAAAACCAGAAGCCCAGUUGACAUCCCCAUUGCUCCCGUUCUCCACACCCGGUCUACUGGACGACCACGGCGUCUUGCUGGAUCCAGAGAAGACCUUGGAGGAAACGCAGCAGUUUCUCGAAAGGACUGUGUGUAGUGGUAAAAACUGGCCUGCAUCUUUCAAAAGCGAGCGAGAGUUUGUUUCUCGCGCGCCAACAACACCCCAUCCGUCACAAACGAAUGCGAAACGGUGUACCGCGCCACACACUGGGAAAGAUAAGCUAAGCGGACUCAUGGAGAAGAACAAUAUAUCCGUUCCCCCAGACUGCACUACAAAGCUGGUCGGGUUCAAGAUGGUGGACGGCAAGAAGCAUGUAGUUCUCAAAGUCAUUCCUUCAAACAAUCGAGACGUUUCGAACGGUGCUGUGAAACCUGUCAAUCAGCGAAACGAAUCCAAUGAUGUUUCAACCGUUAAAGCCUCAGGAAACUGUACUCAGGUGACAUCUAGAAGGUCUUCGACCCAAAGAAAGAAGCAGGGACGAUGUGUAGCUCAGAAGGAGAGUUUGUCUUCAGUGGUUGAGAAGAUACAAAGCCAACAAACUGAUGCAUGCAACAGUCCCAACACUAUUCCCAAUGCAUGCAACGCCUUCAACCAUAACUCUGAUAUACAGAGUCCCCAUGCAAAAAGAGCGAAUGACUGCCAAGCCUUCAGUGAAUCCGAGGAAAACUUUACCGCAUGCCAAAGAGAUUCCGGUUGUAAUAGCGAUCUGACUUCGGAUACAGGUUCUUUGGAGGAAACGUGUAGUUCACGACUCCUUACAACUGUGUUUAAUGAUGAACCCAAUCUUGCACUGGAUUCAAACUUCGUUCACCAUCAGCCAAACACAUGCUCCAUCUCUGGGCUUGAUUGCAUGAGUCCGUCCUCUGGAUCUCUCCUGAAGGAUCUGAAUGAGUCUUUGUGUCAAAGUGAAGCCGGGGACCUGUUAUUCCAUGAGUGCACAAACAACAUGGACCCCAGAGAUUCUCUGGUCCCGGUGGGUCAGCACGACUGUGAGAGCGAAAGCCUCAGCGCUCCAGAACUGCUUCACAUGGUGCAUGAGCUGCCUUUAACAACAGCCAUCCAUUUGCUGGAUGAGACGAGAGAGGAUCGGACGUUAUCGCCACACGUCAGCUCUGAUGAACCUCUGAAAGAUUCAACACGCGCUGGAGAUGCAAACCAGCGAUCUGAGCCGGUCAGUGCUUACAUCUUCUCUCUCCUGCCUCAUGAUGCAAACUCUUCCACGUCCCGAUCCAGCGAGUCGAGCGGCGCUCUCGCAUCACUGAACAGAAAGCGCACGGGAGAAACGUCCUCGGUGGACACUCCCAUCACCAAAUCCCAGAAGCGAUCGCCUCGGGCCUCGGAAAACGUCAGCGGCUCCGUCCUCUUCUGGGAGCCGUUGGCUCGAGACUCUCCGGUGACCCUUCGACUGAUUCCCUUCAGCUCCUCGCAGUCUGUUAAAACCCCACGCGACGACCAGCCCGUCAUAGUCCUCAACCAUCCCCACACGGAUAUCCCCGAGGUCACCAACAUCAUGAAAGUAGUCCACAAGCACAAAGACGGCGUGCAGCGCGUCGUACUUUCUCGUAAAACUCUUCGAGCUCUUUCCGAGUGUAACUGCGAUGCCUUUCGCGAUAAUCUCGUCGCCACUUGCCACCACCGCAGGAGAGAAUGGCCAAACGGGACGGUUAAAGAACGGGUCAGCUUGAAACUGAGGCUCAAAAGAGUGUGUGGUAGAAAGUACACCGUAGUACCGACAGUGUCGGAGAGCUUCGUGCCGCAGCCGACGUUUAGAUGCUGGUUCUGCGGCCGGCUUUUCACAAACCAGGAAGCUUGGGUGGGACACGGACAGAGACAUCUAAUGGAAGCAACCAGAGGCUGGAACCAGCUCUUCAACAGAUAGAAAUGCGUUCGGUUUCUUGCAUUAGUGCUGUGAAGACUCAGGGUUACCAUGCAGAUUUAUAGUAAUAAACCCGUUCUCAGGCGAUUUGAAUAUUUAUAAUGACACGAGCAUUAUUUAUUUUGUUCCACACUGUGAAAAAAAGUGCAGUGCAUUAUCUAAUAGACUAAAAAUCAGUAUGUUUUGAUAUGGUCGGACCAAAGCCUUCUCACACGAUACUGUGAUAGAUCAGGUUUCGUGAGAUUAUUGCAGAGACCUCAGGUAAUACUGUCAUAUUCCACUCUGUUUGCUACUAAUAGAAGAAGUGUGUUGACCUUCACUUCACUGAUACUUUAUGUAGCUUUGCAUUAUUUUAUAGUUUUACUGCUCUCUUUGUUGAUUUCCCAAUCAUCUUUCAGAAGACUUAGAGACUGAAUGUUUACAGGACUUGUUGAUUCUCUUUGUAGGAGGCUGUGGAUCUGGUUUAGCUUCCGGUUUAUUUAGCAUUAGCUUCAAACUACAGCUGUAUGCGAGAGCAUAUGUUCACGGAGGAUUCACUGAAGUUAUGUUUUGUAUUUAUGUGACUUGUCUGUAUUUAUUUUUCAGCAUGCAGUCGGCUG